AUGGCCAGAGUUUUCAGUAAAUAUCUCAAGGUGCUAUUUAGUGGAGCAGUAUUCGCCGUUACUGCGUCCGGUAUUUAUACAGGAGUAGAUCGUUUUGGCUCAAUUCAUGCUUUUGCGACCUCCACUUCAAAAGACUUCUCCGCAUUUAAUUUUAAACAGUGGGAUUAUAAUUGGGAUAAGCGAAAGUUUUUAAGUUCAGAAAAUUCCUCCUCUUCAUUAGAAAAACCAAAGGCAUGCCGUCAUAUUAUUCUUGUUCGUCACGGACAAUACCAUUAUUUUGACGAUGACGCAAAAUGCCAACUUACCAGUCUUGGUAGAAAUCAAUUGGAGCUUACUGGCCGUCGACUUAGCCAGUUAAAUUUUCCAUACUCUCGUAUAGUUUAUUCAACUAUGACUCGAGCUAUCGAAUCUGCAGAUGAAAUUAUAAAACAUCUCCCCGGUGUCCCCGCUAUUCCUUGUGAUCUUAUUCGAGAAGGGGCUCCUGUUCCUCCAGAGCCUCCUGUUCAGAAUUGGCCUCCCGAGGGUCCAAAAGCAUAUGAAGAAGAUGGGCCACGUAUUGAGGCUGCUUUCCAGAAGUACUUCCAUCGAGCCGAUCCGUCGCAAACGGAGGAUUCGUAUGAAGUAUUUGUGUGUCAUGGCAAUGUUAUUCGCUAUUUCGUUUGUCGGGCUCUUCAGUUGCCUCCUGAGGCGUGGAUUCGAGUUUCUUUAGAUCAUGGAAGUCUCACCUGGCUCGUCAUCCGCCCAUCGGGUACCGUUUCACUUCGUUGGCUUGGGAAUUCUGGUCAUAUGCCUCCCGACAAACUUAGUCUCAGCUAA